AUGGCUCAAGCAUCAUCGUUCAAACCGUCUAUACACUAUCAAGUGUGUAAUUCAAAAAUUGACAAUGACAUUUCACGUCUUUCGUCAAUAAAACCAUCUCAACAAGAUUUUUCAUCAAUUGUUGAUGAUGAUUUAUGUGAAAUUACAAUUUCACCAUCAACAAAUAAAAAAUCAUCAUUACCAUUAUCUUCACCUAAUCAUCAUACAUCAUUAUUAAAAAAUCGUAUUCCUAUAUCAUCAUCUAUUGAAUCAACUACACGUUUUAAACCAAUAAAAUCUUCUUCAACUUCAUUUUCUCCUUUGACAAAAAAUCCACGUAGUAGUUCAGCAUCAAUUCAUUCUCUUUCAAAACGAACAAAUAUACAACAAUGUUCAUCAACAAAUUUUUCAAAUCCAUCAAAUAAUCGUCAAUCAUCAUCAAGACAAUCAAUAUUUGAUACACUUGCAACAACAUUAACAGCUGUACGAAAAAGUUCAACAACAGCAUUAGCUUUAGCACAACAACGAUUAUCAACUGAUAAUGGAAAUCUAUUUUCUGCUUAUCAAGGUGAUUUUAUUCGUCAAUCUCGUCAAUUACGUAAAGCUCGUAAACAAGAUAUAAAAGCUCGUUUUGAAAAAUUUGAUUUAAAUCCUUCAACAACACAUCGUUCACAUUUUACAUUUAUAUUUGAUCCAAGUGGUCGUUUAUCAUAUUAUUGGACAUCAAUUAUAAGUCUUGCAUUUCUUUAUAAUUUUUGGAUAAUUAUAUUUCGUUUUUCAUUUUAUGAAUUAACAUCAGAAAAUUUUAUAUUAUGGUUUAUAUUUGAUUAUUCAUGUGAUUUUAUUUAUUUAAUGGAUAUUGUAUUUAAUUUUCGUACAGCUUAUUUAGAAGAAGGUGUUUUACAAACAGAUCCAAUUAAAUUACGUCAUUAUUAUAUGAAUACAACAAGAUUUUAUAUUGAUUGUCUUUGUUUAAUGCCAUUAGAUUUUCUUUAUUUAUCAAUUGGUUUUAAAUCAAUUGUUCGACUUUUUCGUUUAGUUAAAAUUUAUCGAUUUUGGACAUUUUUGGAUCGAACUGAACGACAUACAAAUUAUCCAAAUUUAUUUCGUACACUUGUUAUGAUACAUUAUUUAUUAGCUAUAUUUCAUUGGAAUGCAUGUUUAAUAUAUAUAUUACAAACACGAUCAAAAUUAGGUGCAACAAAACGUUUUUCAUUUACAAUUAAUGAUAGUGGUUUAGAUUAUUUUAAAGCUUUAUAUUGGUCAAUAACAACAUUAACUUUAACACAAAAUCAAGAAACUAAACCAACAUCAAAAGAAGAAUAUAUUUUUUUAAGUAUUCAAAUAAUUUUUGCUUUAUUAUUAUUUGCAACAAUUAUGGGACAUGUUGCAUCUAUUGUAUCUAAUUUAAGUAAUGCAAGAAAAGAUUUUCAAGCUAAAUUAGAUGCUGUUAAAACAUAUAUGUCAUUAAGACGUGUACCAAAUAAUCUUGAAGAUCGUGUUAUUCGAUGGUUUGAUUAUUUAUGGAUGAGUCAUAAAUCUGUUGAUGAUAAUCAUGUUCUAUCAUUAUUACCCUAUAAACUUCGUGCUGAAAUAGCUAUUCAUGUUCAUUUAGAUACUUUAAAACGAGUUGAAAUAUUUCAAAAUACAGAAGCUGGUUUUUUAAAUGAAUUAGUUUUACGUCUUAAACCGGUUCUGUUUUCUCCAGGUGAUUUUAUUUGUCGUAAAGGUGAAGUUGGAAAAGAAAUGUAUAUUGUUAAUCGAGGAAAAUUACAUGUUAUGGCUGACAAUAAUAAAACUGUUUUAGCAACAUUAAAAGCUGGUUCAUAUUUUGGUGAAAUCAGUAUUUUAAAUAUGGGUAGUGGAAAUCGUCGAACAGCAUCAGUACGAUCAGUUGGAUAUUCAGAUUUAUUUUGUCUUUCGAAAGAAGAUCUAUGGGAAGUAUUAAAAGAAUAUCCAGCUGUACGUGUUAAACUUGAAUCAAUAGCUGUUAAACGUCUUGAAAAACAUAAAAAACCAUUAAUACAACAAAUUAAUCUUAAACGAAGUAAAAGUACACCGGGUUUAAUUGAAGCAAGUUGUCGUCUUCCAUUUCAUGUUCCUCUACGUCGAACAGGUAGUGGUAUACAACGUCGUUCAUCAAUUAAAGAAUCUGAUAUAAAAACAAUUAUAUCAUUGAAUCCACCAUCUGAUCCUCAACAACAAUUAAAUUCUUCAAAUUCUUUAUUAACUGUUGCACCACUUGCUUCAUCAAUAAGUGUAACAUCAUCAGACAUUGAACAUUUAAAAAAAACACACUGA